AUGUACCGCUAUUCCCUCUUUGCUCAACGAAAGGCCUUCCACCCUUAUUUCAGUAUCCUCUUCAUCGGCACCGUUUAUUUUAAUUGGAUUGUAGCGCUUGGCUCGUUGCUUGCAUCGGCAUUUUUCUUUCUUGAUGGCAUAGCCAUCGUUAUCGUGCUAAAUGUACGCUGGACAUUAUCCCAUAAAAACACUCCAACCCAGCUCACCGCCAAAUAUCAAUUGGCUGAAAAUAUAAAAACCUCAAAAAUCGUGCUCCCCUACAUAUUCUUCGACACCCUAUUGAAAAUCGUCGACCUAUCGUGUACCUAUUUAUUUUCCAUCGAUUUGGUGUACGUUCCGGAAAACUGUCAAAAACAGCCGGUCCUUUAUAAUACGGUAUUUCUUGCCGUUUUGGUGUUUCGACACAUCCUCGUUUUUGCCAUCCCAACCACGGCCGUCCUUUGGAGCUCGAUCUUAAGAAAACGGCUCCGAGGUCUUGUCGUCACGUUAUUCGGGGUGCGAUCGCGGCGAAUAGACACAUUACUCCAGAAGCGAGAAUUUCGGAAUGCCAUCGGGCAAAAGGUCACGCUCAGCGCAUCUCAGGAUCAGUAUUUCAAUCAAUUGGCCGGAUUAUGG